GCCUGCGUUUGAUCAUGGAAUGCUUCAAAAAUCGCUUAUGUCAAUGGAUAAGCAUUGAAUUAGCGGCAUUGACAAUAUUCAUAUUUUGUAUAAUUCUUCAGAUAAUCAGCGGUUCCAAGUUCAGUAUUAAUGAUAUAGUGUUUGUGACAGUGGUGUUGGUUGUCUGUAUAACUAUACUUAUUCUGACCGUGUACUUUUUUGUAAAUCCUGGAACAAGUAAAGACAAACAGAAAUUGAUCGUUACAGAGGAAAAGGAUAUCUGCAGGAAGCUUAGACCCUUACAUGGAAUGAUUGAUUCUGAUUGCUCGAUUUGUCUCGCAACGAUGCAAUCUUCUUCUCUAGUACAACUCAGCUGUACACACGAUUAUCAUAAAAAUUGUGUCAAAGAAUGGUUCAUCACUUCCGGUGAUUUUCGAUGCCCACAGUGUCGUGAAGAAUGCCAGGACUUUUCUUCCUGUGAAAAUGAAACCGAAACUGCUUUACACAUUGUUUAAAAUUAAUGAUACUGGACUUUUCUUUAUACAAGAAUUGAAUGCAAUUGAUUUUUGAUCUCUUGACUGCUCAGUUUAUGUUGUGAUUAACGUUUGUUGUAUAUUUCUCUGUAUAUUUUAGGAGACAGUAUAUAGUAGACUUUCAUCGAUAUGAGUAAGUUUUUAUAGUGAUACGGUGAUUAGAGUCUGCCUUCUGAUUACACAAGUUAGGCAGCGGGAAGCCCUGAUAACCGCUUCACGUUACUACAUGUACGUAUAAGACGGGAAUUAAGAUACUAACUUAAUUUUUGGAGAGAGAGAGAGAGAGAGAGAGAGAGAGAGAGAGAGAGAGAGAGAGAGAGAGAGAGAGAGAGAGAGAGAGAGAGAGAGAUACUAUGUACAUACAUUCAUUUUAGAUCUGUUUUGUUUGUAAACAGGAUAGUGAAUAAUUUUUGUUGUUAACAUCCUAUCCUAAGUAUAUCUUUGUUUUAAUGUAUUUACUAUAUAUAUAUUUGUUAAUUUUAUACUCAGGAAUCGUUGUUUUACUCCGUUAAAGUUCUUUCAAGUAGAAAAAACUUGUCUUAUUCAAACGAUUAAUGGUUAUUUAUUGAUUUAUAUACAUGAACAAAGUAUGUCUCCAGUUAUAUUUUAUUGUAUUUAUAAUAUUUUACAGAAAGUAGUUAAUCUUGAUAUUAAUGAUAUUUUUAUUGUGCCUGUCAAAUAAAAACACCAUUAUUUCACUAAUAAGGAAUAACCAAAAAUUAGUUUCCAUGACUUGUCUAUAUCAUAGUUUUACUGUAAAAAUUUUGUCAGUUUAUGUAAAAAAAAAAA